CAGAAACCAACCUGAAGAGAAAACUAACUCAAGACACCUGCGCACUCCCCGAACCCCAAAGCAGAUAAUCGAUUAGAGAGACCCAGGGAUAGCCGGAAUUAAAUCGUCGGAGGCAUUUACUCUUACGUCUCUCCCUCUCUCCAUAUUGGAAUCCGAAAUCCGGAAAUAGCUCCUUCCUCCGAAUGCAUGGCGUCCCGUAUAAAUCCCCAUUUCCAGCAGCACGCGCCGUGUUUUGCUCUCCUACAAUUACAAAACCCUAAUACCCUUCUUCCCUCCAUUCUCCCUCCAUUCUCUUCUUCCUCAUCAUCGUUUCCUCCUUCCUCCUUGACUAUCCACAAGAUGUCUUGUUACAGUCCUUCGCGCCGCAGCUUUGUUACCGUCAACGCUCACAUGACCACUGAGGAGAAGCCCGUCUCGCAGAACAGGAUGCUCGUUUAUGUGCCUCCUCACCCGCUGAUCAAGCACUGGGUUUCCGUAUUGAGAAACGAGCAGACUCCUUGUCCCAUUUUCCGGAAUGCUAUGGCUGAACUUGGAAGGUUACUUUUGUAUGAAGCUUCACGGGAUUGGUUGCCUACUGUUUCCGGGGAGAUCCAGUCACCCAUGGGAGUUGCCACAGUUGAAUUUAUUGAUCCAAGAGAACCAGUGGCGGUUAUUCCUAUUUUGAGAGCUGGUCUUGCUCUGGCAGAGCAUGCAUCUUCUAUCUUGCCAGCAAUGAAGACCUACCAUCUAGGGCUGAGCCGUGAUGAGGAGACACUUCAACCAACUGUAUACCUGAACAAGUUGCCUGACAAGUUCCCAGAAGGGUCUCGUGUGUUUGUGGUAGACCCUAUGUUGGCAACAGGUGGAACUAUAGUGACUGCUAUUGAGCAUGUUAAGAAGCGAGGGGUAACUAACCAGCAAAUCAAAGUGAUUUCGGCUGUGGCAGCUCCUCCAGCCCUACAAAAGCUUAGCGACAAGUUCCCUGGGCUCCACGUUUACACGGGAAUCAUUGAUCCCACUGUCAAUGAGAAAGGGUUUAUUAUUCCUGGACUUGGAGAUGCAGGGGAUAGGAGUUUUGGCACAUAAAAGCAAGAUUGUGCCCAUUAAGUCUGUAGUGCUGAAAUCUCGAGCCUGCAAUUUUUGUUUAUAGAUUUGAGCAAUUGUGGUAUGUACAUUCACUUUCGUCAGCAGAAAGCCAGAAGUCAUUUGAAUGCUCUACUAAGUUACUUGGUAUCAGUUAUCAAUCAUCUCUCGUCAAACAGACUAUCAUUUAUCGAUAGUACAUUCACUUGUCCAAAAAGAAAUUGGCCUCCAAUGUCAAAUGUAUUCGAAGGGGAGGAGAAAUGGAAGAAAUGCACAAGGAAAGAUAAACCUACUGAUGGGACUGUUUUGUUUUGUUUUUAUUUUAUUCAUUUACUAUUUAGUAUUUACUCAAACCCUUCCCGGACAAUUUUACGAUAAUGUUUAUUUUUUAUUUAAAUCUUUUUAAAUCUUUUAUAUUAUACAAACCUAUUAAAAUGCUAUUAAUUAGUCAAUUUGUUUUUUUUGGGUGAAUAACAGAGCGCAGAGGGGGCACUCUAACCCUUAAGCAUUAACACUAUGUUUGGCAACAAGGGGGGUGCAAAUUCAAGGAGGGUACAAGUUGAGGUGUAAAUGAUAGGGGGAGCAAAAUGAAUGAAGGAGUAAAUUUGGGUGCAAAUUUCUGUUUCGGAGAAAAAGUAGGAGGGUGUAAAUAUGUGUGGGUGUUAUAUUAAUUAUUAAUAUUUAAUUAGAAAAAUGAACAAAAAAUCAAAAACAUUUAUUUUUUUACUUCCCAUCAUUUAUCUCUUCCCCAGGUUUAGCCAUUCUUCCUUAUCUCUUCGACUCUCUCCCUCUCUCACACCAAUUCUUCCUUCUUGAUAAAAAUCAACUACUAUAAUUCAUUGGAAAAAAAUCAACUACACAUAUCAUCCUCUUCCUCUGCCUUUCAGCCGCUUUCCAUCUUCCUUCUCUGAUUGCUCCGCCAGCUUUGAGGAGAGUGGCGACCUGGGAGCUGAACGACAAUGGCGGUAGAGGGAAUCCUUUAUCCACUAAGUUUGCGGCAUGCAUGUUGUUGUUUGGGCUAAUUCCGAUUUUUGGGUAUUUAUUGCUUCUUUUCUUGAUUCUGGAUUCUGGAUUUUGCUUCUUGAUUAUGUUUUUCAGGCCACCAGCGGGAUUGUUGUGCGGGCUUCUUCUUCAACUGUCCGGCGGAGGCGCCGAUUCCGACGUCGGCGGAGACGGACCAAAAGGAAGAGAGGACGAUGCGAUGGACCAGAAAAGAAGCAGCAAAAAAUGAUUCAUCGGAGCUUUUUGUUGAAGGAAAGAAUGUAGAGGGAAAAGGAAAAUAGAUGUUGGGUUUUGAC